UCCGGCAUCCGGGCCUGGGUGGGCUGGCUCUCAAGCCUAACGAGGAGCAUGGAGGUCCGCGGCGAGCCUCAGUCCGGCGCGAGCUCUUCGUCUUCCCCCCGGGACUCCUCGCGGGUCUCAGUGUCCAAAGAGCUGCUGACAGCCGGGAGUGGCGGCCGCGGAGGUAUAUGGGACAGGUUACUCAUCAACCCCAAGCCUAACUGCAGAAAAAAUUCCACUCUUCAAACAGUGAGGAUAGAGAGGAGUCCCUUAUUGGACCAAGUACAGACCUUUCUCCCACAGAUGGCUCAGGCAAAUGAAAAGCUAAGAAAAGAAAUGGCAGCCGCACCACCUGGUCGUUUCAAUAUUGAAGAUAUUGAUGGGGCUCUUGGAAAAGUUAUACAAAUGGAUGUGGCCUUGUUUGAGAUGAAUCAAUCCGAUUCAAAAGAGGACAGUUCAGAAGAGAGUUCGCAAGACAGCUCGGAGGACAGCUCAGAAUCUGAGGGGGAAGAAGACGGCACGUCUUCUGAAGUCACCAUAGAUAACAUUAAGCUUCCUCAUUCGGAAGGUGGAAAAGGCAAGAUCGAGGUCUUGGACAGUCCUGCCACUAAAAAAAAGAAGUAGUAAAUGAUCUCAGAAACAGGUGAUACAUGCCUGCUAGUUCUGCAGAAAA